GCAAUUCUCUGUGAUUAUAUGGAAACCGGUUUAAAAUUUGUGUGCGACUGCUUGUGAUUCCUUGCGACAGGUGUCACAAGCAGUCGCAGAGAUAGAAAAUUUUCUAUCUCUGCGAUUCGUUGCGACUUGUUGCAACUCGCUGUGAUUAAUGGAAACCACUGUUCACAAAUUUUUUGCAAAAUUUCGCAAAGCCAGCAGCCAAAAACAGAUUCAAGAAAGAUUAACACAAGGUCAUGGGGAGGGUCCAAAAAAAGGCCUUCCAAACAGGAUGUUGACAUUGCACUUAUCGAGACAGCAAAGUCAGUAGCAGAGGCCAGCAACAAGUUAUCACCUGGCUUUCAGAAUGCAAAAGAUGUGCCUGAAGAUUAAAACAGCCUAUUCUGUCGAAGCUUGGUGCAAAGGAGGCAGAGAAUCCCUCCACAAAUGAAAGCUUUGGUAAGAUGCUAAAUAGAGCAAAUAUUUUACCAAGCAGAAUUUGGUGCUCAAGUGCCAAGGGUAGGCCCCAGUACAUUUGGUCAUAAAUUUCAACAAAACCAGUUUGCAUCAUCUGCAGAGAACACAUGUCAAACAAACACAUAUUCUCCACCAACAAGCAAUUUCAAGUAUGGAAGUUUUCUGCAGCAGAACAGAAGUGCAUCAAGCACACCAAAUUCUGAAGAAGAAACUUACACUAAACUUGGAUUGGCAACAGGAGCUUGCAAUUAUGCUGGCCAACAAUAUUGUCAAUAAGCAUUGGUCCAGAGACAAAUCAAAUAACAUUUUUUGUGUGUGAACUUACAAACAUGAUUAAGAGAAACACUUAGUCAAAAUUUUUAACUACAGUAAAAGCUCUAUUAAGCUCCCCUCUCUCUCAAGCCCCCUUUUCAAAACAAUCCUUGGGGAUACUGAUAUUGAUUAUUUUGAUGCUAUCCUGGAGGAAGAUAAUUGACUGUGUGAUUCAUUGAAGUUCCAAUUUAUUUUACUAUUAUUUUAUACAAACAUUUUUCUUAAGUUUAUUUGAGAAUUUAUGGCACCUUGCAGAUUAUUUAUUGCAAUAAGAUUAAUGUACUUUGUCUAUGCUGAAAUACUGCAAAAUAAGCAACAUUUUUUGCUUUAUAAACUGUUAUAAUGGAGUAUCAGAUGUGUUCAGUUUAUUUUGAUCCAUGAACCAGGCCACAGCUCCGCACAUAAUUCAGCUGCCAAGGGAGUGAGCCAGCUUCACCGUUGAAGUAAGCUUUGAAUGAUUGACGUGUCUUUUCUGCCUCAAAAGUGUAUCUGUUGCCGUAUAUCUUUGGAUGGUUGGUUAGGCCAAUGCUGUCUUCCCUCAUUACAUUACGCCAUGAGCCAGGUAUAAUGCACCCUGAACUAUCUUCAGAAUCAAUAAACCCAGAAGGGAUGUAGCUGGCAUUUUCAGUGAGCCUUAAAUAAUUAUGUAAGCACAGGCAUGCCUUGUGAUGUUGUCUACAAGAUCAACAUUGGCUUUUAUUGGUAGUCGAAAGAUCCGCCACCUUGCUGCAAGUAUGCCAAAGGCAUUUUCAAUGGUGCGUCUAGCCCGUGAAAGCCUGUAAUUGUAAACUCUCUGUUGCUCUGAUAGUUUCUUUCCAGGAUAAGGCUUUAUCAGCCAAGGUUUCAGAGGAAAUAUAUCAUCACCAAUCAGGACAUAGGGCAGUGUCUUGCCUCCAUAAUUUGAUCCAGCUGGAAUGCCAAGCUUAGUAGGAAGCUGAUCAAAUGCUCUUCCAACAUCAGACUGCUGAAAUACUGAUGAAUCAUUUUCUCCUCCAAAUGAACCAAUAUCAACAAAGGUGAAGCAAUAUUUUGCAUCACAUAUGGCCAUCAACACUAGGCUGUGAUAGUUCUUAUAGUUAAAUGUGGCUGACGCUGCAUUUUGUGGGCAUUCUAUGGUGAUGUGUUUUCCAUCAAGUGCCCCCAUACAAUUUGGAAAAUUCCAUUCUCUGUAAAAUUCGUCUCCAUGAUUUACCCAGUCAGCUGUGGUUUUUGGAUGAGUCAGGAAUGUUUUGUUCAGUGCCUGCCAAAGAACAUGGCAUACCUCUCUUAUUAUUUUACAAGCAGUUGUUUUCCCAACUCUGAAUGCAAAUGAUAUGGACUGUUGACUUUCACCUGAGGCUAAGUAUCGAAGGGUAAUCAUUAACCUCUCAGCAGGCCCAAUAGGUUUUCUUGAUUUGCAAUGUUUUUUUCUGAAGCAGGGGGCCUACAGAACCAAGCAGAUUCUCUAACCUUUCUGGGGACAUUCUUGUGUACCUAUAAUGAAGACAUGACUUCAAUGUUUAUAUAUAAUAUGGUGCAGUAUUACAAACAGACAGGCAAAGAAAAUAUUUUCUGAUUUUCAAAUUUCAGCAAACAUUUUGUAGUCUAACUUAUAAACUCCAGAAUCAUAUGCCUCUGAACUGCAGAUUGUACAUACAUCUGACAUUGCAUUAAAAGUUUAUCCUACUUAAGAAAUUUAUAAUGAAUUGAAAUUAAGUCACUGUAUUUUUCUGUUUCUCUUUCGCCUGACGCUGGAACUUUUUCCCUCCUACCCCUGCAGCUCAUUCUCUAACAAAAAAACAAGUAAAUAUAGUUGAAUGAGGUCUACGCAAUAAUGUGACUACGAGAUAAUUUCUUGCCAGUGUAAGGAAUCCUUCAUAGUUUGCCGCCAUAUUGCAUGCAACUUUGCAUUAUCAGGUUUGGCGCCAGUUUGCAAUGACGUCAGGUCACAACAAAACAAUUGCAACACCUUGCGACUCCUUGCGACUAUAUGGAAACCACUAUUUCGGGUCACAAAAAUUGCAACUCUUUGCGAUUCGUUGCGACUCUUUGCGAUUUGUUGCGACUCUUUGCGAUUUGUUGCGACUCUUUGCGAUUCGUUGCGAUUAUAUGGAAACCAGGCUAUACUUGGAGACACAUUACUGAUUAGUAAGUUUUUGUGGUUUGUGGUUUUGAGGUUAAUUUUUUGACUUUCUUUAACUUUCUUUAAAUUAAGUGUAGCCAAUUGUUUGAAGUUUUGUUUGAUUGAGUUUUAAUCAUGGAAUAACGCUUAAUUGCUUCAUAAAAGUGGUUUGAGUUUUGAAUGGCAUGUUGUUCUAGACGCUGAUGCCAUUUUUAAUUCGUCGAAGUGGUGUAAUACUUUUGCUUGGCUGAGGAAACUUUAGCUUCCCCACUUUUUGCAGAAAAAUGCCAAAUAUUUAGCAAUAAACUACCAGUAAAGCCUCUUUUAAUACGACUUUAGCCCCCCUCCGACCGUUUUUAGACCCUCUACUUUUCUAAACGCUCUGCGAUGGUUAUAUCAUUUUUCAUGCAGAAAAUGCCAACCCUGAAAUUUCGAUUGAAAUAUCAUUAUAAGUGUAUAUAAUGUGCAUGAUAAACAGGCCUAGACAGAUAUAGAUAUGAGUCCCGUCUUGAAGGUACUACUAAUCGAAAGACAUUGAAAAAAAAUAGACUUUAUUUACGUAUAGGCUGGAGAUUCGAUAAAGGAGAAAAUAGGAAAAUAUGAGAAGCAAAAGCAAAAACUUAUUUGUCUUCAAACAGAUUUGACGAAGAAACAAGGGACAUCGCACAAUCGUCAGAAUCAAAACAAUUGCUGGCAUCCUGUCGAUAGAUAAAUAAAAUAGAUUGACCAUAGCCACCCAAAUACUUCCCACGCCAGGAAGAUAUUAGAUCCUUGAUAGCAGGAAUUUCAGAUUUGAUGUCUUUGUUAUUUCAUUAUCUGUAAAAAGAUGAUUAAAUGCAAAUACAAACUACCCAGCAGUCAAACGAUGAUAUUUCUGUUUAGGUCCAAGUGGAUGUAAACGAUCAAGUACUUUUAGAAAGUUUGUUAUUAACACUGGUGCUACUGGUUUGCCACCAAAAUUUACGUUCUACUUAAUUAACAGCUUCCAAAUUAUAAUUACUGCUUGCUAGGUCUUCAAUUCUCCAAUCUUCCAAUAGAGAUUUAGUAUAAUGCAUGAAACAGAAUUGUGAUAUGGGUGGUUGGGGAGUUACAAGUUUCGUAUUAUGCAUGCUUUCUAAUAUAGCUUUGACAUGAGCUCAUAUCUACAAAAGGAUACAUUUUCCAAUUUUCAACAGAUAUUUCAAUUUCAUAAUAUUCAUGAGACGGAAUAUGUGAUUUUUCAGCUGUAUCAACUGUAGGUAUCACAAAACAUUUUUCAAUCGAUCACAAAGUUGCUUUUUGUAGUAUUAACGCCAAUUUUUUUAUAGAGGUAUAGUUUAGUCCGCUCUUGAUAAUAAAUUGUCAUCAGAAAUAACUUUGAAACGAAAAGAAUCGUUAUAAGCUGGAUCAGGAUCAUGUAUUGACAUGAACAAGAGCGGAUCCAGACUAUAGCAACUGUAGCUCGAGCUAUAGUCAAAAUCUCCCUGUUUGAUUUUCGGAAUUCAAAGUUAAGUGUUAAUUUUUCCUCUGCUGUCAAGCCUCUCAACAUUUGAAAGCAGCGGUAUAGGUUAUCAAAUGCGAUUAACAAACAUGCAAUGCUGGCAAUGUGUCAUCACAAUGCCUCUCCAGAUAAGAUAUAAAACACUGAGCGCAGAAUGGUCUAAUAUUAAAACAAGACGAAUCAGAAGUUUCGUUCUUUUUUGACAGUAACCAACCAGAAUUGAGCUACAGUGGAUAUUCCGAGCUAUAGUCGGUCUGGGGAUUUGCUCUGGAAAAGGCAUCGAAGACAAUGAAACCCGAAACCAUAAUUUUUGGCGCGAGCUAUAGUAAAGCUAUAGUCAGGUUUGGGAAUGGCCUUUUAACCAAUAGAAUAUGCAUAUCUACGGUACUUCUCCGCUCUCUGUCCCCUGUAAAGCAACAGUGGACUAUAGCUCGUUUUCACAUCCUGGGCCCCCAGUAAUGUAGCCUCAAAGGCAAGGACCUGCUAGGGAAUAGACAGGGACGGCGGAACGACCAAGUGGCAAGAAAGGGGGGGCAGGCUUGACUAAAAGGGCUUUUGAAAGAUAAUUCUCAGCUUCUACAAAUUCAUACGUAACUGCAAUUUUAUUUCGAUCUUCUGAAGGGACCUUCAACAUUGGCUAACUUUCGGCAUCAGGAAUUAUCUUACAUGUUUUGAGAAGUUCAGAAUUUUAUAUGAAUCUCUCUGAUUAUUACAAUUGGCCAGUUUCAAGGGAACUUUAUCAAAAACAACCCUUGCCCCUUCUGUCAAAGGGCAACAGGGGGCGGGUGUACCCCCACACCCCCUUCUCUGGCGUCCCUGGAAAUAGAAAAGGGUGUUCGAAGGAAUAUUUAUGAAUACGAAGCAACUAUAAACAUAAUAGAACAUUUACUGAAAGGAUGUAGUUUAUCAUGUUCACCUGAAUGAGUUUUUGUUAUAUCAUUCAAUGGUGGAAAUCUAGCAAAUUUAUCAGCUGUCAUUACAAAUGUUUCAGGUGUGGCCAUCGUUUUAGACGUUUCUAAUGAUAUAGCUAAUUCUUCUAUUCCAACGUAAAAUGGUUGAAUUGGUAGACUGCUGCUUUCUCCUUCUAAAAAUGUUUGUGUGGCUGGAAAAAUAUCUAAAUUUCGAUCAAAGUUGUAUCUGCAAACAUUUUGUCACUUCGAGUGGAAUGUUAAUGUCUGUUUCCAAGUCUGCUUUCGUUACUAUUCUCAUAAAAUUGAAUUCUGUUAUAUUAUCUAUAAUAUGUACUAUGUCUGUUGAGCAUAAUAUUUUAGUAAAAAUAAUAUAAUCUAGUUCCAUACUGGCUUGAAUUUUACAUUAAUGUUAAAAUACUAAAAAAGUGGUCAUAUCGACAUCUAGUUUUUUUAAAUGAAAUGUUGAUAACAUUUUCCUUACUGUUUUAAAUUCGUAAUUUACUUGUUGAGUAUUAGUUGUAGCAUAGUCAAUAGAAAAAGAAUGGUCUGGAAACUCUAUUGUUCGAAGAUCGAUAUCAUGAUUCCACUAGGUUCCAGACUCUUAGAGUGCACCAAGUUGGUAUGUUGUCUUGACUCAAGACAAGAUAGAAAUGAAAGCUGCCGAACCCGAAAUUACUUUUGUAUCUGAACUUGAGGUUAUCGUUGAUUUUAUGGGUGAUCAAAAUUACUUUGAUGAUAAUGAAGACUUCGAGAAAGAACCUGCUGUUGAUAUUUCUCUUGAGGAUGAGCCUGCUCCUGAUCAUUCACUUAGAUGUACUGAUUUUAAGAGGGUGUACAAGACAAGAAGGGGACUGGAAAAACACACUGAGAUAUGCAACAAAAAGAAAAAUCCUGUUGAUCAGCAAAUUUUGGUCAGCCUACUCACUUAAGCUUUAAAAAAAGUUUCUCUGGAUGAAUGUUGCUCUGUAGAAUAACAAGAAGAUGUCGCAAAAUGUAUCAUUUCUAAUGACCAACCUCUUGUCAGUUCCAAACUGGUUGUAGAACUCUUUAGUUUACUGUGCAGUAAACUAGAUAUUGAGACAUUUUAUGUUGAAUAUAUUUCACAGGUAGUUACUAAAGCAAAUAUAUGGCUUCCUGACUUGAAAGAAGCUACAGCAGUUCAAUUAGCCAUGCAAUAUGGUGAAAAAAUGGUUCACAAUGCACAUACACCUGCUGUUUCAGAUGACAUAGUUGUAUGUGCGACUAGUCUCACAUCAAAAGAAAGUCACUGAAUUACCUACAUUGGUGGAUAUGUUAUCAGAAAUUUGUGCCAAAAACAGGAUACUGUGAAACAGCAAUACUCCAUUCUUUUAGAUGCAUGUCUACAGAAAUUAUCACAGAAGUCAUCAUUUAAUCAAAAUGACCUUGUUAGUACUUUGACAAGAGGAGGUUGAAAGUAUAGAGAUAACCGACAUCCUAACAAGAAUUUUUGAAACGGUUGAAAGUUACUUCAGAGCAUAUGUCUCAAAACAAUUGGAAAAAGAAGAAAAACUAACUUAGGUGAGCAUGUGUUCCAUUUGAAAAACAAAAUGACAAUUAAAGGCAAGUUCCAUGUUAUAAUUGAGAGAUGUGAGCAAGAGGUAUCUGACGAAAUCGCCAGCAAUUUUCUAUAGGACAUUUUGAACCCAUAUCUGAAGAUAACGUGUUUUUCGCACUCAAAGGACUUGCUCCAGCACAUUAAAGCAAAACAGAAAUUAAGCAGAGGAAAGGCUCUCCGAAAAGGUUUAAAGAACAAUGAAAUGAUGCAACAACUUAAUAAAGAUGACCACUCAUUGCUAUCAUCUAGAUAUACCUUAAAGAAAGAAAUUACUUGCACAAUAAAUUUUUGAAGAACUUAUUUUUGUAUUUUUAACCCUUUUACACAAAAACUUGUCCUGCCAAAUUUUCAAAAACUCUUCCACAGAGGAUAACAUUUUUGAGGUACUGAAUUAUGAAAAUACUAUUUGCAUAAAUUUGUUGUGCAAAUAAUUUUAAUAUUUUAAGGUAAUUUAUGCAAAGUAAUGCUUUUGACGUUUAGUACUUCUUUCGUUUUGCAAGUUUUGUUUCAUCUAUGUGAAACCAUGAUUUUUGUCUUCCUUUGUUAAUCCCUAAUGUAUUUCCAGUCAUUGGUGCUGUUGAUCUGACAACUCGAAUUGUAUUAUCGUUGUAUCCAAAUUGGUGGACAUCUGGAUGUGUUUAAAAGCUUUUAAAAAUGAACUUUUUCUUUUAUGUCUAUUAUCUUCUUUCGAUCUAGAUAAUGGUGCAACACAAUUUUUUUUGUAAAUUGAUCAGUCAAAACCAAUAUAUAUUCAACACCAAAAAAACCUUCCCUUAUGUUAUCUGGAGCAAAUAUUUUAUGUCUCUUUGUAAUUGCCUUUAGUUUAGAAGGUAUUCUACUACAAUAUGCUCUGCCUACUAAAAAUUUCUUAAUCCUCCAAAAAUACGAGGAAAAGAAGAAUUUCUAUAGAGAAAACUCAAUUUCGAAUUCAAGGAAUCCAUUUUAUACAAUUAUAAUAACUGAAAUAUUUGUUAUUAUUCUCUGAUAAACAUUAACAUUCUCUGAUAAAUCUGAGCAAUAAAUGGUUGUAAACAGUGAACAAAGGCGUGUAGGUACACUGGUGGUAGACUCUUCUAGAGGCGUCCGGGUAAAUGUCCCCUGAAAUUUUUGAUGGUUGCUAAAUUUUUUCUGGUUGUUAAAAUUGCGCUGUUGGCUAAUUUGGUAUAAUUUAAACAUAACUGAUCUAUCAAUGCCAUAUGCAUAAAAAUGAAUUUUUCUUAACCAUAAAAUAUGCAUUUCUUUAAAUUUUAAAAAAUUGGAAAAUGAAAAACCUAAACUUACUAAGUUUGAUCAAAACAGACACAUUGUUACAAAUAGAUUUCUAUUAUCCCAAUUAUUUAAAGAACUUGACACUUGGCAAACGGAAGGCUGAAAUUACCUUUCAAUGUCAAUCGACAGGCACCCACGUCCAAGGAUUUCAAAAUAUGGGGCUGCCGUGAUAAAAAUUGUUCCACAACGCAGGCGCGGUUCCAGCCUGAAUUCUGACCUAUGCAAUGCAAAGGUUGUCAGAAAUAGAAGCCACGCCCUUUUGUGUUGGAAACGCCCAAACUUUUCUUAAUAAAAUUUGUAUCUCUAAUAUUGAAUAGGGGAUUCAAGAAGAAAUUCUAAGGAAACGACUCACAAAGAGAAGACGAAAUUUAUCUGCAAUUCGAAGAAAAAAGUUAGUGAGAAAACCUACUCCGGUAGGAUUCGAACCAGGGCCUUCCACUUUCAGACACAGUGGUCAUACCACAAGGCCACAGAACAGACCUUCCUUCCUUAGCAGAUUAGCAGGGAGUGAAGCAGCGAUUGUCAAUUGCCAUUUCAUUGGCUGUAACAAUCAAUUGCAUAGGUCCACUGUAAACAAUUGCAUAGGUCAAUUCUGAUUCCUAUUGGUUGGCUAAACUGCUGCAGAGGAAAGCUCAGCUUCUGAUUUGCUAAAUCAAAUUUCACCGAUGCUCCCGCCAAAGAUUGCAGAGGUAAAGUCCACUCUGAUUGGCUUACAAGACGUUUGCAGAAGUCAAGCAAGCGGUGAUUCGCCCUCGAGGGACAAACAAGUUUCUGGAUUCAGAAUAUACGGACCAGAUAAAUGCCUAGAAUCGCCACUCGACUAUUCUGUGCAGAGGCCAAAAGGUAGUCAGCAAAGUAUAUGCCCUGCUGUCUUCUGCAUGUUGUUGGUAUCAACGGGGACAGAUCUAGGGUGGACGUUGCUGAGAUUUGCCAAAGAAACUAUUCAUUAAAAAUUUUGAUAGUUUCUAUUAUAUUUUGUUGUCGUGAAAAUCUCUGCAACGUGGAACUAAUUUAGCUUUUGGCUUUUUAAACUUUCGUAACCAAAACUUUUCAUGACCGUUUGAAUAGAGAUUUCUAGGAAAAUGAGUGGAAGGUAAGUAUACAAGUCUGGUGGUGCUAAGCGAAAAAGAGCGAGACAGAGACAGUUUGAGGUGAAACGGGGUAAAAGAACAUUGUUUGAUGUAGGAUGGUCUUCAAAAGAAAAAAGCAAAGAAGCAAACCAUCAAAAUCAGGUUUUGCAAAGCCUGAAGGUAUUGCCAGAUGGCGAAAGCUUCAUGAUAAAGUAGGUACUCGUGAAAAUCUCAAAAGCUGCCAUAUUACUUGGCAAAAAAGGACAUGUGACAUUAAGGGUAUCAAUCAUUCAAUUUAAGAUGUUUUCGCAAGGCAGUUUUUAACAGAAAAUGAGAAAUGGCGAAAUCUUUUGAAGAUAAUCUUUGAUGUUUACUUUUUAUUGGAAGGCGUUGUUUAGCUUUUCGUGGUUCUACCCAACUUAUUGGUGACUCAAAAAUGGAAUGUUUUUAGGCCUUAUUGAGCUUUUGAGCAAGUACUAUCCGCAGCUGUUUGAUCAUCUGGUAAAAGUAAAAGAAUCCCAAGAAACUGGCAAACGAUUGCAGGCACAUUACUUGUCAGAUGAUGCUCAGAAUGGGUUCAUUAACGCCUGUGGACAAAUUAUAACGGCCAAAGGUAUGAAAAUGGAUCAAACAUGUCUGGCAAGCAUAAGGGUGCACAGAAAGUCUUUUCGAAAGAAAAUCCAUUGGCUAUAUACAGCCCAUGGGCAUGUCAUAGUUUAAAUCAGGGUUGCCAUAUUGGCCUUUUUAAGGCCAAAUUUCUCAAUUUUGGCCUUUUUUCAUGUUGAUUUGCCUGAAAAAAUAACAUUUGGCCUGAGACUAAAAUUUGGCCUUUUUUGGCCUGUUUUUUUGAAUAUAUUGAAAUAAUUUUUUUACUUUGUUUUUGGCCUUUGAACAGUUUUAUUCAAACAGUGUAUUCUCGCAGUUUCAUGACAUGGGCUUUGUAUUGUUAGUGUGAUGUAAUUCAUCACUUGCCACUUAACAUAACGUUAAGCUGUGAAUAACCAGCUACAGGGGUCACUGCGCCAUAAAUAUUCAAUUCUCCGUUUCCCUUAUUUGCGCGAGGUGCAAUGCAUUGUGGAUCCUGUGGUUAAGCGUGCGUUGUUUACAUUCGCGUUUCUAUCGCAAUCGUAUACAGUUUUGAUCGUCAAGCAGGUAACAAAAUGGAUUCUAGUGCCGCUUUUGAUAAAUUGUCAUCUCUUUCGACUGCUGAAUCUGACCCCAGUUUUUUUCAAAGCUCUCGUACGGGUCAAGGAAUGCCUUCGAGUAAAGGAAAACAAGGAAACGACUUAGUCGAAAACAAAUACGGGGAUGCAAACGGAGAUUUGACAUGCCCUAAAAAUCAAAAUGGAGCUGAGGGAAAAACACUACAGAAGCAGAAAAUGUAUUCAAUUGGUGGCUACACUUGUUGUGUUCCUCAUUGCUUCAACAAUUCUAAAAGAGACCGGCAUUUAAGUUUCCAUCAAUUGCCAAGUGGUUCUAAAUCCGAAAAAGUUGAAUUAAGGAAGAAGUGGAUUUCAUUGAUAAGCAGAAAGGACUUUACACCAACAGAAGGUCACAGAGUAUGUUCUGAACACUUUCCUGGGGGCAAAAAGACAUAUUUGAAUAACUUGCCCUUGAAUGUACCCAAAACAACGAGGCCUGCAAUUCCGAAACCAAGGACAACAUUCAGGGCCAGAAACAGAGAUGUGCUAGUGGUUUUAAAUCCCAAUGAAAAUGUUGAUAUGAGCACGCAGAAUGGCUUUUAUGAUGAUGAAAAUGAGGGUGAAGCCAUCAACCAAACACCAGAAGACGAGGUUAUUGCCCUGCAAGAUGAACUGCAAGCAUUACAGAAGAGGCACAUGCUUGAAGUUGAAGCUCUGCAAUCAAAAUUGUCAUUGUUGACAGUAGAGAAAGAAACACUUUUAAAAGCAUCUUUUCAUGUUGACAUUAUUAAGAACAAUGAUGAAAAAUUUCAUUUUUAUACAGGAUUGCCUGAUUAUGAAACUUUUAAAAUAUUGCACGAUUCCUUUGGAAAGCUAACAGAGAAACUAAUUUACCAUGACUCCAAUACAAAUGUUGGUAGAAUGUCAGAAGAAAGUCAGAAGCGUGGUCCUAAAAGGUCAUUGUCAUCAGAGCAGGAACUUUUGCUAGUGUUGGCACGUCUUGGCUGUGGUUUAUUGGAGGUGGAUAUAGCACAUAGAGCUGGAAUUUCAUGCUCUCAUCUAUCCAGGAUCUUUAUAACUUGGGUAGACUUCUUGCACUCAAGACUAAGAGCUCUUCCCAUAUGGCCAACAAAGGAAACUAUAGUUGAAACAAUGCCAAAAUGUUUCAAGGAAACAUACCCAAGCACUAGGGUUAUAAUUGAUGCAACAGAGAAUUUUAUUGAGAUGCCAAGUUCAUUUCGGACACAAAGUGAAUCAUAUUCUAAUUAUAAGCACCACAAUACAGCAAAGGGAUUGGUUGGAAUUGCUCCAUGUGGUUCAGUUACAUUUGUCUCUGAUUUAUAUGCAGGACGCUGUAGUGACAAAGUCAUUACCAAAGAUUGUGGAAUUUAUGAUUUACUGGAGCCAGGGGACUCUGUAAUGGCAGAUAAAGGCUUUGCAAUUUCAGAUGAUCUGCCACCUUCCACACAUCUGAACAUCCCACCGUUUUUAAGAGAGAAGGCAAGUUUUACAAUAGAGGAGGAAACAGAAACAAGGCGUAUUGCCUCAGUCAGGGUGCAUGUGGAACGUGUAAUUCGUCGCAUAAAGACAUUUAGAAUUUUGAAAACUAUGUUUCCUAUAAGUAUGGCAGCUGACUUAAACAAAAUUUGGGUUGUUUGUGCAUAUCUGACAAACCUAUUACCUCCUCUGAUUAUAGAAGAAACAACACUGUAAAGUGAUUUUUAAUACCUUUCAUUCAAAAGAAAAUAAACUUGAUUAUUUAUUAUUUAAUUACAAGUAUGUGUAAGAGUCUUUCAUAAAAAAAGAAAUUUUAAUAGUGGAGAUGGAACAGAAACUGUAAAUUUUUACAAAGCAGAACUUGUCAACCUAAAACUGAAGAAUGCUUAUGUUAUCAAUUUUAGCUAAAUCAUAGGCUUGGCAUCAAAAUAGAAUGAAAAUUCAUACUUUACAGUACCGCUAUCCAAAAAUCAUAAGGGGAGGGAUUGGGAAGAAAUUCUUAUCCUUAAGGAGUUAUCGUCAUCUGACCUUUAAAUUUUAUAACCAACAAUUAAACUGACAUAUAUAGUAACAGGGAGCUUCCUCCCUCCCCCAAUAUCCUAGAUGACCCCCAACCUGAAGUGUUUCUAGCUCGUGGAACAAAAACUAAUGUCAAAAUCCUAACUACCCCCAUCCCCAUGAUUUACACAACUCCAAGUGCAAGAAGAACUUGAAAUAAAAGACACCCUAGCAUUACACAGCUCUAAGUAAAUAUUGUAACCAAGUAAAUAUUCAUCACUUCUCCCUUCUCUCUAGACUUAAUAAAUGAGACUGAAUGUAACAGUUAACUUUAAAAAUCCUGUUUUAAUAACAUAAAUUUUUCAAAGAAAAUUGUCAGUUUUGUAAGCAUGUUGUUUCUCCACAAUUCUCUGUCACAUUUGAUUCUUUGAACAUGAAGGUCCUUCAGAGUGAAUACCACAAAAUCAAUGUAUGGCAAGCCAACAAUGUUCAUAAUACCCUGGCACUGGUAAAAGUAUUGGUGAUUUUCUUUUAACUUUGGUCCUGUAGGAGUUGCCUUCAAAUAAAAAUCUUUUCACUGGCAUGCAUCAGCAAUUGUCAUUUCUCUACAUGAAAUGGGCAUUUUAUCUCCACACCUCCAACUACAUGGCCAUUUUCCAGCAAAAUGCCAUCAGGACUAGCUCCAAGCCAAGGCCACAUAGGAUUAAUAAUCAAGCCACAGCAAACAACUUGCAAACCUUCAUUCUGGCAGAGCUAUGCUUCAUAGAAAUGCAAAGAUGCUGAUUUGGGACCUUUUGCAACUUUUGAGUUGCUGAUGGUGUCCAAAAUGGACUUUGGAUAGAUUUGCUCUUUCCUUUUCAUAACUCUGCCAAACAUGGAAGAAGUUAUUCAUUUUGAUCUCUCAAAGUGCCAUAUCUGUGAGUUACUUUGCUUACGGGUGCUUUCUUCAAUGAUAAGAGCUUGCUUCAUAGUAACUCCAACAGCUUCAGUUACCUUUUGCAAUGCCUCUGCUCCAAAUUGUGUGGCAUCUAUAUUUUUGGGCAGGAAACUGAAAAUGCAUUCAGCAUUGAAGCCAGUCUCUGAUGCAAUGGUCUCCUGCACCUGUAGUUCUUUUUCUGCUAUGGUACAGGAAGUAACAAACUUAUUACAAGGAAUACAACUGUUUCCUUUUAAAAUGUUCACAAAAUGUGAUGCCUUCCCUGCAUUCUCCAGUGCACUUGCAAAUAGUUCAAUUUCCUCAGAUUUUACUUUUCUGGCAUAUGAUGGGGUAGCACAGAAACCUUCUCUGUUUCCUGUUACAAAAGGCCUUUUCCUCUUCUUGUUUUUGUCUUUUUCAAAAUCAGCCUUCUCAAAAUCAGUCGCUAAAUUUAACUGCAACUUGUGAAGUAAUUUUUCGAGUGGGGACACUCCAUUUUUGAAGGACUUGUGUGCAUGUGACUUCUUCUGGCACAUAAUGCAGCUUAAGGUUUGAAAAGUCGACAAUAGUGUAGAGAAGAGCAGCCACAUGCUUGCAGCAUCCUCCUUUCCCAGCUUUACAACUGCAAUUGGCGUGGACAACACUGGAACUCUCCAUGUCCAAACGAACAUUGACAGAAUACCUUAUGCUCUUCAUUGACGCUGCAACAUUAGCUUUAACUGAAAACAGUUUGGAACCAAAAGCUUUUACAUUUGGCUUCACUUUGGUAUUUGAAACAUACCCUUCCUUCCAAAGUUUAUACCCCUCCAUUUUGUGACGAUAUGCUUUCGGGGCUCUCUUGUCUGGCAUGGUUUUUGCAUUAUUUAUCAAUUGGUUAUUGAGAUUGUCCUCUGUAAAGUUAGGAAGAUCCUUCAGAUCAAUGCUCCAACCACUUUCCUGGUCAACGAAAUCUUCUUGCCUUUUUUCAUUUGGGCCUAAACUCCCGGUGGGUGAAUUGACGGUCGGAAAACUUGUUUCUAUUUGCUCUACUUCCCUCGAAAGCAUUCCCUGACCCGUACGAGAGCUUUGAAAAAAACCGGGGUCAGAUUCAGCAGUCAAAGAGAUGACAAUUUAUCAAAAGCUGCACUAGAACCCAUUUUGUUACCUGCUUGACGAUCAAAACUGUAUACGAUUGCGAUAGAAACGCGAAUGUAAACAACGCACGCUUAACCACAGGAUCCACAAUGCAUUGCGCCUCGCGCGAAUAAGGGGAACGGAGAAUUGACAUUCACGAGUUAGUUUUCUACAAUAACAGGAUGUCUCGAUGUGAGGCAUAACAAAACAUCGGCUGUUUUAUCGGAUAUACCACUUCCAACAAGCCUUGUGGACCCUAAAAACUUGAUUCAUAUAACCCUAAACAUCAGAAAACUUUCAUUUAGAUUCACGCGAUUGCAAUACUCACUGCUCUGUUAAAUUUCAAUUCGAUUUCAAUAGUGAGUUUAAGCAAGGAACCCAAAGGUACUAAGUGGAAAGGCUACUAUGAAAGUGCUCGAAAGUAUAAGCCGCAAUGGCAAAGAAAGCAUCCUUGGGUAACAAAAGCUGUGGAUGGAACAGAUGAAGCAUACUGCUCUUUAUGUAAAGUCAAUGUUAACCCAAAGCUUUGUCAUAUUCAACAACACGAGGCUUCUACUAAACAUAAAAAAGCUUCCACUGCAGUUUCUUUGAACAGAAAAAUUGUUACUCUUUUGAAGAAAGAUGAUGAGGUCCUGAAGAAGAUCGAGCUCGAGCUUGCUGUUGCUAUAAGGUGUCAUUGUGCAAUUCGGGCAGUUGACCAUUUUGGUGAAAUAAUUGUGAAACACUGAGAUAAGAGCAAACUAGGAGAACAGAAGCUUCAUCGAACAAAAUGCAGCCAAUUAAUCAAACGCGUAAUCUCUCCUGCCCUCUACGACGAGUUACGUAGCAAUGUUUCUGGCAAGAAGUUCUCCGUUCUCAUAGAUGAGUCAACAGAUGUAUGGUGCAAGAAAUAUUUGUGUGUAACAGUGCGAUAUUUCAGCGAAAAGCAAGAGAAAAUUUGCACAGCACUUAUCAGUUUAGUUUCCCUCGUAAGUGCUACUGGGGAAGAUAUAUUCAAUGCCUUAAAACUAAGUCUUGAAGAUGCUGGAUUAAACUUAGAAGAUUGUGUUUUCGAUUAAAGAACUGAUUCAAACUGAUUUUAGAAGAUUCGAUUAAAGAACUGAAUUUGUUCCAUAACAGCCUGACCAGUCGAGUUUAUCUUCCUGAUGGCAGCCACGUAGCAUCAGAUAAAGUUGGUUAUGGUGCUAAGUACAUAUUUGAACGCAACGAAAUGAUGGGGAGGAAGCAACUUACUGCUCAACAAGGAAGGGAAAUUGAUGCAAGAUGCCAUCACUUGAUACUGGAGGCUGCAGCUCAAGUAGCAAAGCGCUUAUCAGAUUCCAAUGCGAUUUUUCAAUCCAUUGCAUAUCUUAGCCCCUCGAGUGUACUCAGUCAAGUGGAAUGUAUGUUGCAGCACCUAAUUCAAGGCGGUGUUCUGUCAACUAUUGAUGAACAGUAUCGAAAGAUAAAAUUUAUUGACUGGGCCAAAGAGAUGAAGGAAGGAAUACCACAAGAUUCCUCAAAAUUUUGGGCUGCAGUAUUCUUAUACAAAAAUGCCCUGGGUGAGAGGCCAUUUAAAGAACUCGCAAGCUAUGCACUGUCAUGCCUCACAACACCAACCAGCAAUGCUGUUGUCGAAAGAAUAUUUUCUUACGUUACUGGAGUCAAAACAAAGCCAAGGAACAAGAUGUCUCCUGUCAUGCUUGAGGCAAUCGUGCGCAUCAAAACAAAUUUGCAUUUCGAAAAUAAAUGUUGGAAAGACUUUUGUGUCAUUCCAAGGAUGUUAGAGCUGUUCAAUUCGUCCAUGUAUGCAACAGAAGGAAUAAAUGAAGAUGAUGAUGAUGAUGUGAUGAUGCAAGAUGAAUAGCUUGUGUGAAACUUUAUUAUUUUUGCUUCAUGCUUUGUUUGUUAUUAACUUUAAAUUUGUUCUUGUUUAUCUUUUAUAUUUGUUCAGUUGCUUUCAGCUCUCGAGGUUCAUGAUGUGUUUUCCUAAUGUAUAUCUACGCAUGCACAUAGCGAUGCUUCAUGACGUCAUUUUAGUUUGGCCUAUUUUUGACCAAUUUGGCCACUUUUUUAAGCUGGUUUCGCCUGCUCGUUUCCAGACCAUCUGGCAACCCUGGUUUAAAUCUAUGUGGCGUACAUGCUGCUGAAUGUUGCCCUGAUGCAAUCAAACUUUUUGGUAACAUUCAGAAGCUUUCAAUUCCUUCGACUUCAGCCCACCUAGAUGGGAAAUUCUCAAAAAAAUAUCGGUGGCUCUUUGCACUGAAGCAGUCAAACAAGGUGAUCUGCAACAAUAGCGGCUGGCCAGCCUGUGUGCCAAAAAUUACCUUCUGUUUUAAAGGCGAUAUAUGAAGUGCAAAAUACACUUGAUAUCUCUCCAGAAUCAAAAACGGAAAUUUCUAACUUGUGAAAAUAUUUUCAGUUGUUCAAAGCAAUGAUUUUGAUGACAGCAUGGUUUAAAAUUUUGAAGGCAAUUGACAUUAGGGCAAAAGUAUUGCAGCUAAGGCAGACAACAAUUGAUGCUGAGUGGUAAAACCUAGAAACCCUACUAAAUGAAAUACAACUGUUUAGAGAAAGGUGAGAUUCGAUCUUGAAAGAAGUUUCUUGUGUAGCUGAGGUGCUAAAUGUCCCGAAAAAAUUGAAGAUCAAGAUAAAUCAGCCAAAUUCAUCUGUAUCUGAGAGUCAAAUCCAGGAACAGGCACUUGGUGAUUUCAAGAUGAAUGUCUACUUGGUCAUUAUUGAUCGUGUUUAAGCAGAGAUAAAUGGAAGACUCAAGUCCAUUGGCGAUAUGGCAAUAUGCGAGAGGUUCAAUUUUCUUUGGCUAUAUCCAAGAAUGAAGGAAGCUGACCUAGCAUAAAAGGUGCCAAACUCAGUGCAGCAUACAAGGCUGAAAUGUCUCCUGACAUCCCAGAUGAAUUUCUUUUUCUAAAAGCAUCCAUUCUGGGAAUAUAGCGGAAGAUGCAAAUC